AUUCACAAGGGUUCUCAUUGUCCUUGACGGAUGUACAUAAUAACAAUUCCUUCUGCCUAAUCCAUUGUUAUCAACUUUUAUAAAACGUAACAAUACCAUUCGGUACCUUACGUUUUCCUUCAACGCCUACCUUUCGUCAACCCUCUUUUAUUCGACCGUCUUUACUUCUACCACCUUCGUUCCAUCAACUUCGAUAGAUCUGCGAGCCAGAUCCCCGGUUUACCAAAGAAAAAAAAAAGUACACUCACAACAAGCUGCUGGCAGUUUCAACAAUAUCGCAAAAAUCACCAACAUCAUGGGCUUCAAGUCUAGUUCCGGAUUCCAAGGCUCCGCCUUUAUUAUCCUUCAGGUCAUCCGUGGUUGUAAUCUUGCUGUUCUCCUGGCCGUUAUCUUCGUCUCGGGGAUCAUGAUGUUCUUCGCCAAGAUGCCCAACGGCUUUCAGUUCUUCAACGACGUUUCCCUCGCCUUCGUUAUCGCCGUCGCCGGUCUCCUGUUCUGGACGGAGCUACCGAUCAAAAUGGGUAAGGCGAUGAUUAGUCAAAACUGGCCAGCAAUCGGCGAAGACCGCGGCUUCACCUGGCUCGGCAUCGCUAUGAUCCUUAUGGGAUGCCACCAUCUUGGUGCGCUCAGCAAUGAUACUUACAACAACAAGGACGUACCAUUCCAGGUUUGGCAAGCUAUCAUGGCAUCUGGCAUCAUCGCAAUCGCGUUUGGCGUUACUAACGUCAUUGCCUCGCUCGUCUUCAGCAACAGGGCGAGCGGCGUUCAUGCUCGAGAGGUCCGCAACAAUGGUGCGACCACCAGAGAUGUCAACUUCACCGAAGAAUACGACAGCUACCGAAGCAAUUCGAUUCGUAAGGAAAAGGCCAAGAGUAGAUUUUCUAUCUUCAACAGGGGUAAUUCCAAGCCCAAGAUUAGCCACCCGAUUCCUCAUGAUGUUGAGUACGGACCUAGCGAUGACCAGCUCCCCAUCGACGACCGCAGCAGUCCUAUAAUCCCCGAUGUGAAGCGUCCCCCUACUGCUCUACACCCUGCCUACAAUGCCGGAUCAAGAUCCAGCCGGUAUAGCGAAGCAAGUCAUCUUGAUCGUUUUGUCGGGAACAGGAUUUAGAGUGGACUGGACGGGAUGCAUAGUCCGCAUAUUCUUAGCAUAGGGCACGGUGUUCACUGAGACGAGGCGUUUGGUUUUGUAAUUUCGGAUAUACCCAGAUUCUGGACAGCGGACA